GAGUGCUGUGAGUGUUCAUUGGUCAGCAGAUGGCCUAAUUUGCAUAUACCAUGACCUAUAUCUGAUAGGUGCGAGCUGGAAACACCAGAGUCAAGCAGAAGUGAUGAUCACAACCGGAGCUGAAUGAAGAACUUUUAUUCUCACAUUUCUUUUCAAGUGAUUUUUUUGUUUGCAAACAUGAAGAUCUACUGCAGUUACUUCAUGCUUCUGUGCAUGAUUUGCAACGGCUGCUGCACAACAACGAAGUACUUUACAUUUGAGGAAGAUUCACCUGGUACAGAGAUCGGAAACCUUUCUCAAGACUUGAAAAUAGACCCGGCGGAGGAUCCCGAGACAUCGUUCAAGUUUAUUCAGAAGACAAACUCCAUCAUCCACAUGAGGCAAAUCGACGGGCUGUUAACCGUUGGAGAAGUCAUUGACCGAGAGCAGCUGUGUCACCGAUCCCCACAGUGUCUUAUAACUUUUGACGUCGUCGCCUUUUCAAAGGAGAAAUUUCAGCUCAUCCACGUGGAGAUUGAGGUAAAAGACAUUAACGAUCAUUCGCCUCAGUUUACACGCAACGAAACGCAUUUGGAUAUAUCAGAAGACGCACCUUUAAACUCACGGUUUCCUCUGGACGUCGCUGUGGACCUUGAUGUUGGAGAUAACUACGUUCAAAGCUACCAUAUUUCACACACAAACCAUUUUGUUGUUGAAGUCAGCACUCGUGAGGACGGAGCAAAGUCUGCUGAGCUUGUGUUGAUCAAAAAGCUUGACCGGGAGACGGAAGAGUUUUACACAAUCGAGGUGACCGCGACCGACGGCGGGACUCCUGCGAAAUCAGGCUUGACAACCGUUUACAUCCGAGUGUUGGACUUCAACGACAACAGCCCGACGUUUGAGCACAACUCACUCAAAGUCCAACUCAGUGAAGAUUCACCCAUCGGGUCCCGUGUGCUGAAAGUGCACGCUUUCGACCCCGACGCCGGCAUCAACGGAGAAGUCGUCUACGGGUUCGUCGAAGGCUCCCCGACCGAAGUCACACGUGUUUUCCAGAUCGACCUCAUCACAGGAGAAGUGACCCUCAGAGACGAGGUCGACUACGAGACCAAGAAGUCGUACGAGUUGCACAUUCAGGCCUCCGAUCUGGGCGCCAAUUCAGUUUCGUCUACAUGCCGGGCUGUCGUCGACAUCCUCGACGUGAACGAUAACGCGCCGGAGAUCAGCAUCAAACCAAUGACUUCCACCAGCGACGGAGUGGCGUUCAUCACCGAGGCCGCGGCCGAAGAGAGUUUUGUGGCGCUGAUCAGCACCUCAGACGGAGAUUCAGGUCCCAACGGUUACGUCAGCACCACUUUGGAAGGACACGAGCAUUUUAAGUUGCAACAAGCCUACAGCGACACCUUCAUGAUCGUCACGACCGCAACUUUGGACAGAGAAGCCAUUUCAGAGUACAACCUCACUGUGAUUGCUGAGGAUUUGGGAACGCCGCCGUUUAAAACCAUCAAGCAUUAUACGAUACGCAUCACGGACGAGAACGACAACGCUCCGAUGUUUAGUAAAGCCACAUAUGAUGUCUCGGUAAUAGAAAACAACAUUCCCGGCUCGUACAUGACUACAGUGGUUGCACGAGAUCUUGACUUUGGAAAAAACGGGAAGGUCUCCUACAGUCUUAUCGACAGCAAAACUUCAGACGGUUCGCCAAUAUCUACAUUUGUGUCCAUCGACCCUCACUCGGGCUCUUUGUACACGCUGAGAUCCUUCAAUUUUGAGACUCUGAAAGAAGUUGAGUUCGCCGUGAAGGCUAGCGAUAAAGGUUUCCCUUCAUUAUCCAGCACGACUUUGAUACAAAUCCGUGUGGUGGAUGAGAACGACAACUUUCCGUAUUUUACGUAUCCAGUUUUGCGGAAUGAUUCUGCCGAUGUUCCGAUUCCCCUCAACGCUCAGGCUGGUUAUUUGGCGUUACGAGUUACCGCUCAAGAUGAAGACAGCGGCGUCAACAAAGAGCUCAGUUUUCAUAUCCUAGAAGACGAAACGCAGAUUUUUUCCAUUGACAAAAAGACUGGCGAAAUCAUCUUGAACCGAAGACUCGCUGCUUCAUGCGGAGACGUCCUGCAGAUUAAAGUUUCAGUUGUUGACGGCGGCAGAGAGCCGCUUUCUAGCACCGCAACCGUCCGGUUCGUGGUGACAGACACUGGUGCACAAGAGGACCAGGUGGUUAUUUUACUCCGAUCGAAGGAUGAGGAGACUCUGGAGUUUGAUGUCUGGACCGUGGUGAUCGUUGGGUUCUCUGGAAGCUGUGUGCUGUUACUGGCGGCGAUCACCGUCCUCACCGUGACUUGUACGAUCAAACGCAGACGGAGGAACUUUGGGAGAGACGGCCUGUACGGAUCAACCCCGCUGUCCAAGAACGGCACUGUCGGCUCAAACAUUUACGGCGGCGCUAAUGCCUUCCUCAGAAAUGAAAGCGAUUCAAUGCAACCCUGUCUGUAUGAAGACAAGAGCCUGGAUUUUGAGGAAAAGCUGUUCCUGCCAUGCAAACCUUUUGAGCAAACAUUUUUAUGGCAAGAUGAAAAAUACUGUCUGCAAAGGAGUGGCACGAGCAACACGGAUCAGCUGAGCGUGAAGGACAGCGGCAAAGGAGACAGUGACUUCAACGACAGCGACUCUGACAGCAGCGGAGCGGCUCUGAAGAGAGGCCUGACCACCUUCCAGCCGCUGGCCAGAGGUUCCCUCAGCGCCGCAGGAGACUGGAAGAGCGGAGGUCACGUGAUACAGACCCGUAACAUGCACGUCCCUCCUGGCAGCGCCUACACCAUCGGAUUCUCACCCGUUUACAACACAACACAUCUCACUUCCCAUUCCUGGAAAGAAGGCCACAGUCAAGGGAACAUGAAUGGACGGAGCGGCAUGCAGACGUUCUCACGGACAGGAACUCUGCCUUCAUACUCGGCCCAUCAGGUGAGGAGGAUGAGGACUGGGGUCGAAGAGCAAACUCACACUGUCCUGCUCUCAGAUGCGUCUGAAGUCGCCACCACAUUUUAGACAUCGGACCGCUUCGUCCAAUCUGAUUCGCUGAGCAAAACCGGCCAAGACGAUCAGUGCUGCAAAAAUGAUGUUGUUUUUCAGCACAAAUAUCUAAACAUUCUUAAAUCAAGAUACUUGAAGAUAUUAAGACUUGUAUGCUGAAAAAGUGAUGAAACAAGAACAAAUAUAUGCUAAUGUGGGCAAAAAAAAGAAUCUUAAUUCAAAGGGAAAACAAGAUUAUGACUUCAUAUCUUCAGUCAUUUCUCUUCUCCAGUAAAUGAAUCUUGAUUUAAGAGUGUUUAGAUAUUUGUGCUGGAAAACAAGACAGAAACACUGAGGAAGAACAUUGUUUUUGCAGUGUGCUGGUUUACCGUAAUACAAAUGGAAAUGGCAUUUUCUUUCUUUCUUUUCUUUUUAUUCAAGAAAAUAUUUUUAAGAGCGGCCCGUGAACAUUAAAUUGAUAUUUAUUGUACAUAUUUGUAUAUUUUGUAUAUAUUUUUCUCACUGAAAAUGUGCCACUGAUUCACCAAAAUGAAGGACUUUGUACAUUUUUUUCAUGAUAUUGUUAGUUAUGAACUUGUGAAUUUGAUGCUGUUUAUUCCCACAUAUUUAUAUUUUCAUCUGAAAUAUAGUUUAGUUUAUGUGUAAAAAUGCUUUUAAAUAUAUUGCACAUCUCAAAAAAAGAGUUACUUCUCCUCUAAAGUGUCAUAAAUAUAAACCAGGAAGUUUCCGUGUGUAUUUGAUCCUUUUCUGCGUUUUAAGCGAGGCUUAUAAAGUUCUGCUAAGACUGUAUAUACUUAAUUGUAUAUAAUUUUCUCACCUCAGUGACCCAAAUAAAGUACUUCAAAGUCUA